CUUUUUUCCUGUAAUAGCGCUUGGGAAGGCCGGAUUAGAUUUAACCAAAAACAUCAAGGGCGUCUUCGUUGUGUAGUCGCUCCUCAAGGACCUAUAAUCGGUAACAGGUGUUUUUGCCUUGAACAGCUCGCGUCCACUGGCAUCGUCAAAGGAUUACCACCUCGGUGCCCAGCCAGUCUCUCCUUUGCCACACAGGCCUCGCUUCCCAUCUGAGCCAGGCGGAGAGCGUCAGUAGCAAAACGGAAAAACCGUGCUCAGGGUUUGUGGCACACCAGCGCUCGGCAGCCACCUCAGGAAGAACAGGAAGUUUGACCCAAGGGCUUGUGACUGCAGGGUCAGACUGGACAAGGUCAAGUAAGGGCAGGUGAAGAAUCACGGUCCAGUCGAUCAGUCUUGGUGGCCAGCUAAACGAGUAGCAGCAUGUUGAUGUUGGUCUUUAGGCACUGAUGUGAGCCUACGCCAGCCAUUUCCAUUUAGCAGUUGUUCAGAAGGUGCUAAACAUGCUGGAGACAGUCAGAGAGAGUGCAAUGGAAGUGUAUAACCAUCUCCUAGCAUUGAGAGACCCACGGUUGAGGGGCUACCCGCUGAUGGAGAGUCCAGUCAACAUGACUGCAGUUCUACUUCUCUACGUCUUCUUUGUACUGUACGCGGGCCCUCGAAUAAUGGCCAACCGCAAACCCUUCCAGCUGAAAGGGCCUAUGAUCGUCUACAACUUCUCCUUGGUUUUCCUGUCUAGCUUUAUCGUGUAUGAGUUCCUGAUGUCUGGUUGGGUCACAGGAUAUACAUGGAGAUGUGACCCAUGUGAUUACUCUGAUAGCCCUCAAGGACUCAGGAUGGUCAGAGUGGCCUGGCUGUUCUUGUUCUCAAAGUUCAUUGAGCUCAUGGAUACGGUGUUUUUUGUGCUGCGUAAGAAACACAGUCAGAUUACAUUCCUGCAUAUUUUUCACCAUUCCUUCAUGCCCUGGACCUGGUGGUGGGGAGUUAGCAUUGCACCCGGUGGAAUGGGAUCAUUCCACGCCAUGGUCAACUCUGUCGUCCAUGUCAUCAUGUACUUCUACUACGGCCUCUCUGCAGCAGGACCUCGCUUCCAGAAGUACCUCUGGUGGAAGAAAUACAUGACAGCCAUCCAGCUGGUGCAGUUCGUGCUGGUGUCCCUUCAUGCUACACAGUAUUACUUCAUGGACAGCUGCGAUUAUCAGGUGCCGAUCAUCAUCCACCUCAUCUGGAUGUAUGGAACUUUCUUUUUCAUCCUCUUCUCCAACUUCUGGUACCAGGCUUACAUCAAGGGCAAGAGGCUGCCCAAAAAUCCUGAGCAGCCCAGUCAAAAUGGCCACGGUGUUGGCACCAUCGGCAACGGCGCCGGGCUGCUUUCUCUUGGCAAUGGUCUGCACCAUGAGAAUGGCUUGACCAAUGGAAAGAAGCACCACGAGAACGGAACUGCUCACAGUGGAAAGAUGAAGAAAGCCUAAGGGAGUCGGGGUGCAGGUGGGGGGAAGGGAAGAACAUCCAAAACGCAUGACCACGAGUGCCUUCUAAAAAAACCAUAAAACUACCGCCAUGGAUUUCAAAGAGUGUUUUGGGACUGUUUUUCUCCCCGUAUUUUGUUUUCCUUCAUUUUGUAGUUUUAAUAUGCACAAACACAUGAGGAGAUGAAUGAGCCUGGGAUCCGUGUUUGUUUGGUUUUUUUUGUUUGUUUGUUUGUUUGUUUUUAAUUGUUGAUCUAGAGAAAAUAAAUACAGAGCACAAUGUAUGAAGAGAAGAGCAGAGAAGGCGGCUGCGUGUGUUCUUCACUGAUGUUGCUCACCUUGUCACCACAGUGAAUGCACUUCCCAGCCUCAUUCCUACUCCCCUGCGGACCAACAGCACUGUACAGUUGCCCUAAAUCAGCCUGAGCUCCAGCUGUAAAUACUGUAGGUUUACCGUUACUGUCACAACAGGAUUGAUUAGGGUUCAAAUUUUUUUUUUUUUUUUUUUUUUGCUCAACCAUGUUGACAAAUAUAUUAAAUAAAUUCCAUUUAUAAAUGGGGUAAUUGUUCAUCCUAUUUUCUAAUUGGCACAUAUUCUUAAUGUAAAAGAGUGUUUUGUCAGUGUGAAGUACAUAAUUUCACAAUUU